CCGAUUCGUCUAGUGUUUACCACGGCGGGUUUGCAUUAUACUGCUCGGUUACCGACCAUAAAACUGCAGGCUAACACAUCUAGGAGCUCCGAAUCUCUCUUAUUCACAGGAAUGUCAAAUCUUCCCCUGCUUGGUUCAGUCGACUGCAGUCCCCGCUACGAUGCUACCUCUAGCGGAAGCAGUGAUGACGGUCCAACUCUUCCUCUAGAUAACAUUGGCAGAUCAACCGUGGAGAGGAGGCUUCUCCGCAAAUUGGACCUUCGAGUAGCCUUCCUAGUUCUGGUUUACAUUAUGAACAUCAUGGACCGUACUAAUGUAGCUGCGGCGAGGCUGCGAGGCUUCGAGGAGGACCUUGGCAUGACUGGGAAUCAAUUUAAUACACUUAUCAGUAUCCUUUAUGUAGGUUAUUUGUUAACGCAGGCUCCUUCUAACAUGAUUUUACACCGCAUGAAAAGGCCAUCACUAUACCUGUCGAGCUGUAUGAUGACAUGGGCUGCCAUCACCAUGUGUAUGAGUGUGGUACAAACAUAUCGUGCGGCUGUUAUCUUGCGCUUCUUUAUUGGAUUUGUGGAGGCGACAUUCUUUCCCGGAGCUAUAUUCAUUCUGUCACGAUGGUACAAGCGCAAUGAACUAGGGUUGCGCACGGUGUUUCUUUUUUGCGGCAACUCCAUCAGUAAUGCGUUUAGUGCUCUUAUUGCGUCAGGAAUUUUAGCAAGCUUAGACGGCGUACUAGGUUUUCCGGCUUGGAGGUGGCUCUUCUUCGUGGAGGGCGCUUUGACCUUCACCAUCGCAGUGUUUGCAAUCUGGAUCUUACCCGAUUUUCCUUCAACGCCGAGCCUCUGGCUUUCGCCAGAAGAACAAACACUGGCCAAGCAACGGAUGGAGGAAGAAGUUGUGACUAGAAUUGAGUACGAAGGCAAGCCCGAAAGGAACUUCUCUGGUCUUGCCGAGGCUCUUAUGGAUUGGAGGGUAUGGUGGCUUGGUGUUACUCUUCAUUUGAUCAUUUCCUCGACAUCAUUCACCAAUUUUUUCCCAACGUUAUCCGCUACAAUGGGUUACAGCGCGACGACUAGCCUCUUUCUCUGCGCACCUCCGUGGAUUGUGGGAACUGCAACCUCAUUUGUCGUGGCCAGGCACUCCGACGUAACUGGUGAUCGCUUCUGGCAUAUUGUCGGUCCUCUACUCGUUGGAAUCGCUGGGUAUAUUAUUGCAAUUUCUACAAUGAAUACGGGCAUGCGAUAUUUGUCACUAUUCUUCAUGACUCAGAGUCCAGUGGCCUAUGCUGUCGCUUUGACCUGGGUCAUGAAUACCUUUUCCCAAUCACAGUCUAAACGCGCUGCGGCCGUAGCACUAGUAAGCACAAUGGCAUCAACUGGCUUCGUUACUUCAUCAUACUUUUGGCCGUCCAGUUGGGGACCUUCAUAUGUGAACUCGUAUCUCAUCUGCAUCUUGGCAGGUAUCGUAUCCAUUGCGAUGUGCUGGGUAUUUAAGGAGCACCUUUCCCGGUGUAAUGAAGUUGCGGAAGCCAAAGAGCAAGCUCUAGGGCUACCUGAGGGUUUUAGAUAUCUUCUCUAGGGUAUGGUUGGCAACUGAUAGUAGGAUCCUGUCAGUUAAAUAUGGAUGGAUGGACCCCAGGGCACACAAAUAAAAUAUAUUAUUUGGCGAGUCAUAAAUUGGCGAUAGAGAGCUCUAUCAUGAUGAUGAUGGUACUUGUUUUAUGGCAUCG